AUGAAGAGACCCAUUUUAGCGAAAGGGAGUCAAGGGAAAGCAGAGGAACAUAAACGAGCCCACGGGAGCCAGAGAAAAGCAGACAAAGGCAGAACGAGACAACAGGAGCCAGAGGAGGAAGGCAGAGCGAGCAGUGGAGCCAGGGGAAAGGACAGAAAGGGAGAACAAGCCAAGGGGAGCCAGAGGAGGAAGACACAACAGAAGAGAAAGGAAGAACAAGCCAAGGGGAGCCAGGGGAAAGCAGAGAAAGGCAGAACGAGCCAAGGGGAGCCAGAGGAGGAAGGCAGAACGAGCCAAAGGGGAGCCAGAAGAGGAAGGCCGAACGAGCCCAGGGAGCCAGAAGAGGAAGGCAGAACGAGCCAAAGGGGAGCCAGAAGAGGAAGGCAGAACAAGCCAAGGGGAGCCAGAAGAGGAAGGCCGAACGAGCCAAAGGGGAGCCAGAAGAGGAAGGCCAAACGAGCCAAAGGGAGCCAGAAGAGGAAGGCAGAACAAGCCAAGGGAAGCCAGAAGAGGGAGGCAGAACAAGCCAAGGGGAGCCAGAAGAGGAAGGCAGAACAAGCAAGGGGAGCCAGAAGAGGAAGGCCGAACGAGCCAAAGGGGAGCCAGAAGAGGAAGGCAGAACAAGCAAAGGGGAGCCAGAAGAGGAAGGCAGAACAAGCCAAGGGGAGCCAGAAGAGGAAGGCAGAACGAGCCAAGGGGAGCCAGAGGAGGAAGGCAGAACAAGCCAAAGGGGAACCAGAAGAAAAAGGCAAAACGAGCCAAAGGGGAGCCAGAAGAGGAAGGCAGAAUGAGCCAAAGGGGAGCCAGAAGAGGAAGGCAGAAUGA